GCUAUGCUGUCCCGACACUGGACUCGUCUCAGCGAGCUGACGGGUCACAGCUUUCACGUGGAGUCGGACAGCUUCUCCCUCAGAAACAUCAUGGAGGCGCCGCUGCUGCAACACAAAGAAGACAUCGAGGAUGUGUGCAUCAGCGCGGUGAAGGAGCGCGACAUCGAGGCCAAGCUGAAGGACGUGGUGGCCGAGUGGAGCAGCCAGACGCUCGGCUUCGCCCCCUUCAGGAGCCGAGGAGAACUGCUGCUCAGGGGAGCCGACACCGCCGAGAAGAUCUCCAACAUGGAGGACAGUCUGAUGGUGCUGACGUCGCUGCUCAGCAACAGGUACAACGCUCCGUUCAAGCCGUCCAUCCAGCUGUGGGUCCAGAGACUGUCCAACACCUCCGAGAUCAUCGAGAAGUGGCUGUCGGUCCAGAACCUGUGGAUCUACCUGGAGGCCGUGUUCGUGGGCGGAGACAUCGCCAAGCAGCUGCCGCAGGAGGCCAAACGUUUCCAGAACAUUGACAAGUCGUGGCAGAGGAUCAUGCAGCGGGCACACGAGCUUCCCAACGUGGUGCAAUGCUGCGUGGGAGACGAGACGCUCAGCCAGGUGCUGCCCACGUGCCUCUGAGCAACACACACACACAUUACUCUGCCAGGGCUUUUAUA